AUGGACACACAGACGAACAGGAGAGGACAUGAUGAACACGUUUGGUACCGUGAGCAUCUGAAUCUAGAUGAAUUAAAAAAGAGAGUGGAGAGUGAAAAAAUUGAAAACAAUUAUCUCUUCAAAGACAACAUCCCGCUGUACCCUCGACCAGAGUUUCAUGUGACUCAUCUGAAACAUGACACAGAACGAAAAGGUUUACGUGGUAUCAAGGAGAGAAAUGGUUUCUGUGACCCUGAUCCUGAGGGUUCUCGGCUGGUGUGGUGGAGUCUGAUGGUGAGACCUGAGGACAUCCAGUCUGCUGAGAGGAGGCUCCUGGACCAGAUCUACCCAGACCGGACAGAGGAGCAGGCUCAGAUGCAGCAAAGCUUUCUGGGGAAGUUCGCCGCCUCGCCAGCCUUCAUGGACUCCUCCAGGCUGGGCUCGUACCGCUUCACCUUCCCGCUGGAGGAGCUGCUGACGGCCUACAGCCAGCAGCUUUGCUCCGGCGCUCAGCCCGUCAUGAGAGUGUUCAAGACCGUCCUCUACAAACAGGAAGUGAUGCACACUGUGCUAGUCCACAGCCCAGCCAAUCAGGAGCUGUUCUCAGGAUAUCCUUUGCUGACUGACGACCCGAACGCUGUCUGUGCUUACAGAGAUGGUCGCUUCAUCUGGAGGCCUGAGGCCAUGUGUAACACUCACAGGUGA